AUUUUCAAUACUGAACUGAUUUCUCCUCAARUUCAGGGAGAAGCUGGCGAGGGAGGACCGAAAGGGGAGCAGGGGGGACAAGGUUCUGAGGGAACCUCUGGAGACAAAGGAGAUGUUGGUGACCAAGGGGAAGCUGGACCCAAAGGAGUGGUUGGAAACCCAGGAGAGCCUGGUAACAGAGGGCCAGAGGGUAGCAAGAGGCAGCCUGGCAUCGAGGGCCCAGCUGGUACUCCUGGACCACGUGGCAUGCAGGGCAACAGGGGCGUACCAGGAAUCAGGGGGUCACAGGGACCGGCGGGUAAAGAACCAAGCGAUCAACACAUCAGACAAGUCUGCAUGAGAGUUUGCAAGAGCAGCUAGCCCAGUUGGCUGCCAGUCUAAGGAGGCCGGAGUCUGGAGCAGCGGGCCUGCCUGGUAAGCCAGGGAA